AUGGGUCACAGCAUCGCCAGUCACGGCCUGAACCCUAAGCACGCCGUGCUUGCCGUUACCGCAGUCGUCGUCGUCGUUUCGCUCCUCUCCUCGUUUCCAUCCGCCGCGGCAUCUGGCCUUCCUGGCCCCUGGACCGCCGUGAAAGACGCGGCGACGAAUAAGGACGUGGAGGCUUUGGCCAGAUUCGCCGUCGACGAGCAGAACAAGAAACAGAAAUCAAGCCUCAAGUUCCGCUCUGUCAAGUCCGCGUCGCACAAGGUGGUGGAUGGCGACAAGUGGCAAAUCGUGCUGCGUGUCACGCAGGCCUCACCGAGCAACUCCCUAGGCCGCCGCGCCGUCGCGCCGUUGACAGAGUAUGUGGCGGAAAUCUGGGACCAGCCAUGGUCCGGCUUCCGCGUGCUGCUCUCGUUCGACAAGGCGAAGGCGUGA